AACCCGCUGAACGACAGUAUACAAGUAAGUGUAAUAUCUGGCUUACACACCCGUAAGCUGACUUUGAGCAACACCAGGAGCUCCGUCAGACUCGGAAACAACUUCUCCGACGCUGGGUAGGUCAUGUUGUCGGGAGGGAAGAGAGCACUUCAGCCUUGAAGGAAUUUUAUUCCGAUGGAAGCAGAGUAAGAGGAAGACCUGCACUCCGUUGGAGAGAUCAGGUGAAGAAGGAUCUAGCUGCACUUGGUAUCUCAAAUUAACGCCAAAUAGCGAAGAGAACAAACAACUGACGCACUUUUGUUAACUCGGCUAUAACCGCGUAAGCGUUGUCUACGCCAGUAAAGAGGAAGAAGUUGAAAAGGUAUGUGUACUUUCCAAUCCUUCAGCUUUGCUCAGGUGGCCUGGCACCUACACUAGCCUUAUCAAGAAGUAAAAUUUUCCAAUGAAAGUAUGUUUAAGAUUAAGUAUUUCUUAAGUAGGUUCGAUCUCAUGGUUAAAGAACUUAAGGAUAGAAACACCUAUUGAUGCUUAUUUAUCGUCUAUAGUUUCCUUUAACAAUCUUCUUCCCACCCAUAUUCUCCCAACAGGUACGGCGAUAGAGAAAAAUCGGUAAUCGUUCAAGUAUAAGCUAUGGAUACUAAGGUGACGCCUCCGGCGUAGUUACCUUGUAUUUAAAAAAAAGGUUAAUUUAUAGCUCGCUACACUUCUGAAUUGGGUGAAACUAUACAUAUUUAAUUCACUUAAUGAUAUAUGCAUAUGUUUGUGUAUGAUUCAGCUUCUGGCAAGCCAUUUGUGGUUGUCAUAUACAUUCAUUUACAAAUAAUACUUUUCUCUGCAAUUUUCUUUUAACAUCACAAUUAAUAAAUAUCCUUUGCAAUUAAUUUUCCACUAUGAAGUGUAAAUAACUCUAUUAAUACGUCGUAAAUAGACAACCGUGAGAGCGUGCCCUUACUGGGCCACACCUUAGACAAAAGUUCAACUUAAAUUAACACUCAGGCUUCUAAUACUCUUGUAUCUAGAGUCAGUUAAAGGUAUCGAAAUAAUCACUAGACUUAUAUAUAUACAUAUAUUAGCAGUUUACUUUCUUCGAAAAGAUGAAAACCCAAAAACAACCGUCGGACAUGUACUAUAAACUACUUUCGGUUAUACGUUUUUGUUCUCGAAUUAUCGGUGUAGAUAUUACCGCCGAGGAUUACAAAAUCAAUUUAAACACAUAUUUCGUUAUUGCCGCAAUUGUCGGUUAUUACCUCUGUUCGAUAUAUAUGAUUGGAAAAUAUGUUCUGACAGAUUGGACGGUGUUGCUUGAUGUCUUCUCACCGGUGAGCUGCACCACACAAGGAGUGGUGAAAUUGAUAUCAGGACUUUUGUAUCCGAAAUUGUAUCGAAAAUUAGCUCUUGACAUCGGACAAAUUUAUGAGAAAUAUCAACAGAUGGGAAGGGAGUAUCAACAGAAGUUGCUCGAAUGGAAUAAGAGCAUGAAAAAAAUUCUAUUUGCAUGCGCAAUAGUUUACUCUAUCACAGCCAUGCUAAUUUUAUCCACACCCAUUGUCAUGUAUGUACUUAAGGGCGAAUAUCAUCUGAUAUUGCUUUGCGAGGUACCCGGUUUCGCAGCGGACUCAUAUUAUGGUUAUUAUGUGAACAAUGCCUUCAGUUUAAUAUGUGUUAUGAUUGCCGCUUUCGGGUUAUAUGCCGGUGAUUUGUAUUUACUUCUCUUUUUAACACACUCAAUAUUCUUUUACGACAUAUUAAUACUGAAAAUAAAUGAUUUACACAAAUUGCUAGAAGAUCAAGACAAGGAAGACCGUCAAACUAAAAUCGUUAAAGAUAUUGUAGAGUGGCACCAGUUCUAUUUGGAAUUCAAUGAUAAGUGCAAUUUGCUCUUCUUUUGGACCAUAUCCGCGCACAUUAUAUGCACCACGUUGGGUAUCUUGAGCACCCUGCUCAUCAUCAUGCUGAAGGAUUGGCCUGGUGCUUAUACCUACCUUUUCGUGUGCUUUCUCUGGCUAUAUAUGUACUGCAUACUCGGCACACGUGUUGAAAUAUGUAACGAUCAAUUUUGUACUGGGGUUUACGAUAUCAACUGGUAUGCCUUAGAUGUGCGUAAUCAAAAUACGAUUCGCUUGAUGUUAAUGCAGUCGCAGGCACCACGAAAUAUAACCAUCGCGGGAGUUGAACCGUUAUCCGUUAGCACUGCACUCAAGAUAACACGGACAAUUUACAGUUUGGUUAUGAUGGUGCUACGUUUCCAAAAUAAAUAAAAGUUAUUAUUGAAAAUAUUUGUAGAACAGGAAAAGGUGCAUGGAUGUUGGAUUUAUUAGUUCUUACAUAUAGGUUAACAUAAGUAAAUUUCCACGAUUAAAUUAAUUUCAAGUUCAAGGUCAACACAGAAAACAUAAAUAAAGAGUCAUAAUUACUUUGGUUAACUAUAAACUUCUUGGAUUGAUUGUUUUCAAGUUGAACGUAAUGUAAUACCAAUUGUCAAGAACUUCUCUACUAUUAGUUUGCUUAUUCCAAG